GUGAAAGUAAGUAUCAACGAUAGAGGCUGUAGCCUAACUAAAACAUCUGCUUUCAAUUUAACAACAGAAUAUUUCUUCAGACAUUGUAAGAGUGAACACAGCUGAUCUUCGCUCACAAGGAAAGAUCAUUGACAGAAUCUUCAUCAACGUCACCAAAAAGAAGAGAAACCAGAAGACAGAGUAUAAAUCAACCCCCAAUGAUGUCAUCCUCCAGUGAUCCAAUGACUGAGAGGCUUCUGUGUUCAAUCUGUCUGGAAGUGUUCAGUGAUCCAGUCAGCACUCCAUGUGGACACAACUUCUGUAAGAUCUGUCUCAGUACAUACUGGAACAACAGUCAAGACUGCAGAUGUCCAAACUGUAAAGAAACAUUCAAGCAGAGACCUGAUCUCAAGAUUAAUACAACACUCAGAGACGUUGUGGAUGAACAUAAGAAGAAAUGUGAUGAAGAACAAGCUGAAGUUGUGUGUGACAUCUGUAGUGAAGGAAAGCUGAAGGCUGUGAAGUCGUGUCUGGUGUGUCAGAGCUCUUACUGUGAAACUCACCCGGAGCCUCAUUUGAGAGUGUCAGGAUUACAUGAACAUAUGAAAGGCUGGAGACGUACAGUGUUGAAGUGGAUGCAGCAGUAUGCAGUGGAUGUGACUCUGGAUCCUGACACAGCUCAUCCUGAACUCAUUCUGUCUGAUGAUGAGAAACAAGUGAGACAUGGAGACAUUAGACAUAAACUCCCAGACAACCCAAAGAGAUUUGAUACAUGUGUAAAUGUCCUGGGAAAGGAGGGAUUCUCAUCAGGGAGAUUUUAUUAUGAGGUUCAGGUGAAGGGAAAGACUAAAUGGGAUUUAGGAGUGGCCAGAGAAUCUGUUGACAGGAAGGGAGAGAUCACACUGACACCAGAUGAUGGAUUCUGGACUGUGAUUCUAAGGAAUAAGAAUGAAUAUGAUGCUCUCGCAGAUCCCUCUGUCUCUCUGUCUCUGAGUGUAAAGCCACUGAAGGUGGGUGUGUUUGUGGAUUAUGAGGAGGGUUUGGUCUCCUUUUAUGAUGUGGAGAACAGAUCUCAUAUCUACUCUUUCACUGAUCAAUCCUUCACUGAGAAACUCUAUCCAUUUUUUAACCCAUGUACUAAUGAUAAAGGUAAAAACUCAGAGCCGUUGAUCAUUACACCUGUCGAUUACAAUCAAUGAACAAAUCCAAACACUCCAAUCAUGAAAUAGAUGAAAUAAUACAGUUUAAAAUGAAAUAUUAAAUCAUUAAAUAAAAUGAGAAUCAUGUUCAGAAUGUUAUGUUCAAAUUUCUAUAAAUGACUUUUCACUUUUAUGCUUAUGUUUCAUGGAUGUCGAAGACAUUUUUCUUAAAUGUAAAAUGUCAUAACAACUUGGUUUACAUUUAAAUAAAACAAAUUAAUAUGUUUUUUUCUCUAGACUGUUUCUACAACAUUCUAAUAAGUAAAAGUGUUCAGUGGUUUGGUAGAAUGAUGAUACCAGAUGUUAAUAUCUUGAUUCUGAAGUGUGUAUUUUCCUGUAUAUUUAUAUGGUACUUAAGGGUUCUUCAAAGAAUACAGUGGUGUUGUUGUAUUUAUGGUGGUGUCUAAAGCAACAGUUCUUGGGAAAACGAAUCACAUGCUGGUUUCAUAUAAAUAUGCUAAAACGUUUGAGGAUCACAUAAGGAAGACUUCAUACCGCACAAGAUCACUAGGAUGCAGGAAAAGAUCAUGUUAAACACACUGAGAGAUGGAGGUGUAUUCAUGAGGAGGAUUCAUGUGUUUCUGGUUGCUACUUUUUAAAUAUUCACGAAUGCUUUUUUUGUUUUUGUGGUUGCAUCUGCAUAUAUUUUAUUUAUUUAUUUAUUUAUACUUUUUUCAAACAUUAUACAUGCAUAUAACAUCAGGGAAAGAAGUCUUCACAUGUCAUAGACAGUGAACAAAGAUAAAUAAAACAAUAAAUACAAUCUUGGUUUUGCGUACAUUAAAGUACAUACCUGUAUCCUCAAGAUAAAAGAAAAGCUCAAUGAUAGAUAAAGCUCAAGUCAUAUUUGUAAAU